AAUCACCUGUUCACUGACUCACACCCUUACCUGCUAUCUCUGAUCACAGCCAUUAUGCCUCGUGGUCAGAAGAGUAAGCUCCGUGCUCGUGAGAAACGCCGCCGUAACAGAGGUGAGACCCAAGGUCUUAUGAGUGCUCAGGCCACCACAGGAGAGGAGGAAAAGACCACUCCUUCUUCCUCUCCUGUUUCUGGGGAUUAUCCUUCAGGCUCCCCUGUUCCUGGCACUUCCCAGGAGCCUCAGGAAGGCUUGGCCACCACCAGUGCUGCUGCACAUGUUUCACGCCCAAGAUCUAAUGUAGGUGCCAAACGCCAGGUUAAGGAAAGGAAAAAUUCCUUCCAGGCCUCAACUUCCAUUGAGAGUGUUCGCAAAGAUCCUCUAACCAAGAAGGUGGGGAUGCUGGUGCAGUUCCUGCUGUAUAAGUAUAAAUUGAAGGAGCCCAUUAAAAAGUCAGAAAUGCUGAAGAUCAUCCACAAAAGGUACAGGGAGCACUUCCCUGAGAUCCUCAGGAAAGCCUCUGAGCGCAUGGAGCUGGUCUUUGGCCUGGAAUUAAGGGAAGUCAAGCCCGGCGGUCACUCCUAUAUUCUGGUCAGCAGCCUAGACCUCACCACCGAUGGCAGUGUGAGCAGUGCCUGGGGCUUUCCUAAGAAUGGGCUUCUCAUGCCUCUCCUGGGUGUGAUCUUCUUGAAUGGCAACCGCACCUCUGAGGAGGAAAUCUGGGAAUUCCUGAAUAUUUUGGGCAUCCAUGAUGGAAUGAGGCACUUCAUCUUCGGGGAGCCCAGGAAGCUCAUCACCCAAGAUCUGGUGCAGGAAAAGUACCUGGAGUACCGCCAGGUGGCCAACAGUGAUCCUCCACGCUACGAGUUCCUGUGGGGCCCGAGAGCCCACGCCGAGACCAGCAAGAUGAGAGUCCUGGAGUUUUUGGCCAAGAUCCAUGAUACCGUCCCCAGCGCCUUCCCCCCGCAUUACGAAGAGGCUCUGCGAGAUGAGGAAGAGCGAGCCCGAGCCAGAGCCACAGCUGGGGCUGCCUCUACUACCCGGGCCGGUGUACGUUCCCAGACUAAGUCCGGCCUCUCCUCUCCUCCCUAG